AUGGACACUAAGCAUUUAGCACAUCAGCUCAAAGAACACUCCAGAAAAAUCCUUUUCAUUGCAUCUCUAGCUGCAUUAAGCUACGUUUGCUAUAGAUCCUUUUGGUUAAAUCGAAAAGUAAGUCAUUUGCUUAUUCUCAGAGACAAACUAAUCCUCUCCAAAAUCAGUCUAAAAUCUCCUCCUCUUAACGAAAUGAAAAUUUACUCUUUCUCAGAAUUCCAAAAAGGAAAAAUCCCAAAAACUCAAGGUUUUGACAUUAGGAAAUUACUUAAUUCCACAAAUCCUGGCGUUCUACGCUAUGCAGCAAAUGUGAUGUACUCUCACAUAACAACUUCAACUGCAAAAGUAUUCGACACCAUUGAUGGUAUAAAAGAAGGACUUUUAUAUGUUGCUGACUUACAAACCCAAGGAACUGGCAGAACAGGCCCAUGGAUGUCUGAGCCAGGAUCUCUUUUAUACUCAUACUUAUUUUCAUGCCAUGCACAACAUGCAGUUAUGAUUCAACUCAUUGUCCCUCUAGCGAUUAUCAGAGCAAUAGUAAAAAUUGGGACGAGAAACGGAAUUUCUCAAGAAAGACUUGACUAUGUGAAAUUAAAAUGGCCAAAUGACAUUUUAUAUAGAGACGUAAAAAUUGCUGGAAUUUUGGUAAAUUCAAAAAGCGAAGGAAAAGAUUUUGUAAUGAAUAUUGGAAUUGGAAUAAACUGUGACAAUAAAAAGCCAACCACAUGCCUGAAUCUUGAAUAUGGAGGAAUUUUCACAAAGGAAGAUUUAGUUGCUGAGUAUCUUGCAGAGUUUUCUGAGAUUUGUGAUUUAUUAGAGAAGCAAGGUGGAUAUGAAAAGAUUAGAGAUGAAUAUAAAUUGAAGUGGUAUCAUUAUAAUAAGAUUGUAGAUCUUCCUAAUCAGAAAGUUAAAGGGAAAUUAAUUGAUAUUACAGAAGACGGGGUUUUGCAUGUUGAAGAUGAUGAAGGAAAUGGAUAUCAAGUUCAUUCAAGAGAAGAGAUUAUUUUUUAG